AUGGAAGCAUCCAUGUACUCAAGGGAAGCUCUAGCUCUCGAGGAUGGUGCCAGAUACAGAGGAGAGCAGCUUACUAACGGAGGGUCGUUUAAAAUAGAAAUGAAUGUAGAUGCCAUCGACAUCGAGCAGGAAUUCAUCUGCGGAACAUUCGAGAUACAUAACCUUACAGACAGAUACGAGCUUCUCACAACGUACUUUGAAGGAGAAAUAGUUGGGAACAUUUAUCCAUUUACAACUGAGGAGUACUCGAUGGGGAAUCCGGACAUAAUACAUUGGAAGCUCUUUCCCGAAUGGAAAGGAGAGUAUGUCUAUAGGGAAGGGUCUUAUGAUAUAAAGAAGAGCAACUUCAUGUAUAUCAAAAUCAAAGAGCUGUUCUUGCUUCCCGAUCCCCGGCUUAAAAGCAUACCAGGAGCAUCGAUUGAUGGGCACUACUACUGCUGCUACUACAAGAACCUUGAUUGCUUUGCCGGACACUAUUACUACAAAAACACGUCGAACCUAAUAUCCCAGCAAGUGCUUUUGGACAGAGUAUUUUCAAGGAAGUCUAGAAGUAAGUCAUUUAGCAAAUGA